AUUUUAAAGCGCAACAACAGUUUUCCUCACGCACUCAUAUUCCUCAGUGGAACUACAGUUCCCAGCAGCCAUUGCGUCUCUGUUUCCGGUGACGCGUGUAAACGAAGAUGGCGCCGUCCAAGGACCAACUCGCGUGCGUCAUUCCUGGAGGUUUUACUGUGCUGUCGCUGAGGUUCAGUGAGGAUGACGAUCAUGCUGCUCUUCAUCAGCUGUGUGUGAAGGAGCAUCGAGUCCGAUCCGAGUCCAACACAGACAGACCGCUGGACCGAACACUGUUCGUGCUCAACGUGCCGCCCUACUGCACACAGAGCGUUCUCGCAGACGUCUUCAGCCGCUUCGGUCCGAUCCAGUCGGUGGAACUGAGUGAUAAACCAGGAGUGUCCGAAUCGAGUGACAGUGACGUGUCUGAAUACUUCAGAGCCGCACGCAGACAGUGUUUCAGAGUGGCCUACAUCGUGUUCAGCAGCGAGUCCGGAGUCGCAGCCGCCAAACGACACCCGCGGAGCAUCCCGCUGACUGUCUCCACCGCGGGGCGACCCGUACGAACCGGUGUCAGCAAGUGGAUCCAGCAGUACUCGGAGUCACUGGUCAACUCUUCAUCUCUGCAGGACGCCGUCGAUCAGUUCAUGACAGACUUCGACAGACAGAAGACAGAGGAGGCGGAGCGUCUGAAGCAGGCGGCGGUGCAACAGCAGGAGGAUGAGGAGGGCUGGGUGAAGGUGACGAAGGGCAGCCGCGGCGCCAAGGCCCGCCCACACAGCGAGAUGGCCAAUCAGAGGACGCUUCAGAAAGAGGAAAAGAAGAAGCAGCGCAAGGAGCUGCUGAACUUCUACUCGUGGCAGCACAGGAACACACAGAAAGAGCAUAUCGCCGAGCUGAGGAAGAAGUUCGAGGAGGACAAGCAGAAGAUCGCCAUUCUGAGAGCGCAGAGGAAGUUCAGACCCUUCUGAUACAGCCUACCCACAAUCCCCUUCACCCACUGACUCGUCUACCCACAAUCCCCUUCUCCUGUACUGUCUGUUUACAUGAAUGUUCUUUUGAAAUAAAGUUAUUUGAAGUAAA